UGAGAGGCAACCUUCUGUGGCUGUGAUGCGACUGGCAAAGGGAGCGAAGGACUCUCCUGGAUUCAUACCGAGGAGAAAAGGCAUACAAAGAAGUGGAUUGGGUCGCAGCAAUCACACCUUACUACGGCAAUAAAAUUAUUUUUGUGGCUUUCUUUUCUUGAUGACAAGCGAAAAGUAAAAGAGGAAAGUUGACCUGCCUACCUUUGGCUAUUUCAGUGUACAUUGUACACUUGAAAUAAAUAAAACUUGAUAACAUCUUGGCGUUAUGUUAAUGGAAAGAAGAUACAGUGAGGAUCAAUUACUAAAUUGUCCAAGAAUAGAAAACAAUGAUGAGAAGUGCUUCACCGGAGCAUGGCUUUGGACAGGGCAGUCUAUUGCGAACAGUUACUAAUGCAGACCUUUCUAUUUAAAAGCUAUCUAAUGUAACCGACAAGUGGUAUGUAUUUCUCACUUACCUCCCGACGUCCGCCGCUCUACUCUGGUCCUCCAGAUAGGCUAACCAUCCUCGUUUUAAUAUGUUGAAGGCAAACCAUAACAAAUGGCGUUUUGCUUGGCAUUUUUUAUUCAACAGGGACACUGAGAAUUAUUUUUGGAAACAUUUACAACCAAACAAAUGAAUGGUUUUGCUUGAUGUGACUGUCUGAUAACGCAGGUAUACAUGCAGCUUCAUAGCUUUAAGAAAAUGUUGCACGCUAUUUAUUAUGAGAUACAACACGCAUAACUGAAAUUUUGUCUUUGAUAAAUUUUCUAUUUUCCCCCAUUAACUCCUCGCAUCACCAAUUUGAGUACAAUAUGUCGUUAGUUUGACGUGUGUAUAUUUCACCAUAAUGCCUUUUACGUUAUCACGUCGUUCCGAACUGAGAAAACUAUUGAUAUAAUUUAUAUUGUCGCUAGUAAUGAUUAAAUGGAAGUAUUAACCGAAAGCGACACGUUUAAAUUGAGUCUUAGGUAUUCCCCUGCUUAAUUGUAGCUGUUUUUUUAUUCUUGUCUUAUGGCCUGAAUUAAUUUGACUGGAGUCCGAAUACAUAAAUCGCGCAAAGUUUUACGUAGCGAUUGUAACUGGGAUUACGUUCACUUGCUGUCAUGAUAAACCACUAAAAGAGCAGUCGAAACGUGUGUUCAAGUCAGAAGGCAGGAGGAAGCAGGAAGAUACGGAAAAGAAACUUGCUUUUGUCAAAUUAUUCGAGGACAAAUUAACGCGCACUUGUCACCGAGAUCACUGGCAAUAUCACUAAAAUGCCAAUUUUGAAAUCCGACAUUUUAUAAAUCUGCAGAAUUUGACAGCUACAGGAAAAAUACAAAGUAUACAAUCAAGCGCAGCGUGAACUUACACGAUCUGUCAGAGAGACACUGUCCAUGUGUGUGCAAACCGAUACACCGCAGGCAACUUCACUGUGAUCAUACGGAUAUUUCAAUGCGGCUUUUUUACCGAGACAACUGGAAGAUCUUAUGGCAUAUAUGCUUAUUUAAUGCGAUGGGCUGUGUUCAGAGUAUCAGAUGCAAGCCAAAGGGUUUCCGUGAAAGUAUCAAAGUCUUCGAAGUCACCUCUUCCAUCGACUCGAAACCCACCAGCAUCGAUGAGUCCUCUAGCGUGGUUCUGCGGUACCGAACCCCCCACUUCCGAGCCUCGGCUCGCGUACUGGUGCCUCCAUUCGCCUGCAAGGAGACGUGGAUAGUGGGAUGGAUUCAAGCGUGCAAUCACAUGGAGUUCCACAACAAGUAUGGGAAGAAGGGGAUGUCAAGCUGGGAGCUUCCAGACCUAAGGGAUGAUAAGAUCCAAGCAAUAAGUGAUUCAGACGGUGUGAACUACCCCUGGUACGGCAACACCACAGAGACAUGCACAAUUGUGGGUCCCACAAAGAAGGAAAGUAGGUUCACCGUGAGCAUGAAUGACAAUUUCUACCCCAGCGUGACGUGGGGAGUGCCAGUGAGCAACAGCAACCUGCCUCAGCUCACGAGCAUACGCCGUGAUCAGAGCUUCACCACCUGGUUAGUGGCCAUAAACCAGGGGACAGGAGAAACACUGGUACUGCAGACCAUCCGGUGGAGGAUGCGACUGCAUAUCGAGAUCAACCCGGACAAUCCGCUGGGCCAGCGGGCCAAGCUGACGGAGCCGGCGUCCCAGGAUCAGCCACAGAUACUGGCUAAGAACGAGCCUAUUCCGCCUCAAGCCAUGGUCAAACCCAACGCCAACGAUGCCCAGGUCCUAAUGUGGCGGCCAGCGACUGGAGAUCCCAUUGUAGUAAUUCCGCCCAAAUACUGAAUGCCUCAUCCAGCUGGUUUAAAGAAAAACAACAGACAUCAUGGGUUUUUACAAAAUGGACGUGUUUCGUUGACCUGAGACACAAACAAUAACUACUACUGUAAACCAUUCUACCUUUCAAAUGGAUUGAGCAUCAUCUUUACAAAAUGAAGAGCGGAUUUAUACACAUUUAACACAAAGUAGGAUUAUUUAUUGAGAGGCAUUGUUUAUUUGUGCAUAAGGAAUUUUGGUGUUGUGUUAUUUUGGUCAAAGGUAUGUUCAAUUAAAAGAAAGAGUAAAAAUAUGUCAGACGAAGGAAUAUGCAAUACUCAACCGAGAGAUCACAUGCAAGGCAUCUGUCCAUGCGGCCUUACACUUAAUAUAUUGCUUUUCAUUGACAUGUUUGCCUUAAACUCAGUAUGAUGCAGUAUUCAUGUCCUGUGCUCUUUGCAAGGCUUACUGAAAGAGGAAAGAAGAAAGCUGAUGGGAACAACAUAAAGGCGGAGCAAGGAGCACGUGGGGAAGUGAUACCAGCUGACACUAUGAGACACAUUGUUGUGCAUGAAAAAAGAGCGGACUGAACGGAAGUCAAAUCACUGAUGAGAGUAAUACUGACCACUGGUGUAUAAGCCAUGUCACGCAGAGCUAUAUUAGUCCUGCAUGUUGAAUAGAGGGCCGAGGAUCAUUGUGUUGCAACAAAGCAGCAUCCUCAAAACGCUCUGGGGCUCUCCAGUGACAUUGACGGGGUGCAGCAGGUUUCUUUGUUGGGUACUGCAGCUGAAAUUAUGGUCCCAGUCUGCACUGCGCUGUCUAAUUACUCAGGCCGCGUGACAUCAGCUACUUUCUAGUUCCAUGGGAGCACCAGCAUGUGAUCAAUAAGAUUAUUGAUAUGCAAUCGUAGAGGUUGGCAGGCUGCCAAGUCAGUGGUACUAUGAAUAACUCUGACUGUAGAAAAAUGUUUUUCCAUGGAGAGUUUGCAUUGUGGAUAAUAUUCCCGCCAUGGAAGGCUGGGUAUUGUGUUAAAUUCUGCAUCAGUGUGCCAUCCAGGUGCUCUCCUUUGCUCAUGGGAGUUAUACUUACAAAGAAAUGUUUAGAAGUCUUGGUCCUGCCUCUAGCUGCUUGGACCCACCUCCUCUAUAAUCUUAUUGGUUAGCUCUCUGAACUAAUCAUUUUUCCUUCUGCCCUCAAAACAUUUUUGUGUAAGUAAAACUCCCAUGAGUCUCUGUUUCCCGUAAGCUAAAGAGACAGGUGAAAUCAAGGCCACAGGCUUCUGUAUUGUGGCCUCAACCUGUAUAUAACAGUGGGCCUGACUGAAAGUACCAUUCACUGGGACCCAGGGCAGCUUCCUGGGGUAGGUUCUAAGCAAGGGGUGGGGAACCUGUUCCAUGGAGGGCCGGUGUGGGAGCAGGUUUUUGGGAUGGCCUCUCAAUCAGCCAAUAAUAGUGGGUCCCCAGGACUGGAGUUGAGAACCACUGUCUUGUUAUUCACGUAUUGAGAGGUCAUCACAAAAACCUGCACCCACAGUGUCUCUCCACAGUGUCUCUCCAUGGAUCAGGUUCCCCACCCCAGCUCUAGGUUCACCACGACCCUGUACUUCAUGUGUGGUUUACAAGACAGAUGGAUGGAUCAAAGCACUGCUUGAGCAAGAAUAUCUUUUCCAUCUCAGACCUGCUGAAGUCUUGAAAUAUAAUUACUAUUUAUUGGAUAACUUAUUCAUGUAUUCUCUCCAUUUUUUUAUGAAGUCUGAUUGGAGGGGAUUACCAUAUGUAAAUAUAUUUUGCAAUUAUUUGUAUUCUGAUGUAGAACUGGGCUCUGCUGGGUCAGAGAGUUAAACAAACAUCUGAUCUAAUUUUUACAAGAAAUAAUGAUUAUAGAUGUGUUUUAAGAUCUUUGGGUUGAUUCAUGCAUUUGUUUAAAGAAAUACUGGAGUGGACUGCAGCAAUUGAGUGUAAAUGAUUUUGAGAUGUAGAAAUGAAUUGAAUUUCUACUUCAGAGUUCUACCAUCAGAGUAUUAAUUUUCUCCCUAGGAUUUCUCUAGAGGAUUUGCUUUUGGAUGUUGCAUUAAUGUUUACUGCUGUGAAAACUCAGAGUGAAAGUGGGCUAAGUAGUUGUGAAGAAUGUGCAUUGCAUCUGGAAUAUGAGAUGGACAAGCACAGGAGAUCUUACUGUCAUAUGUACUACCUGUCAUGGUCAGAGGACAUGGAAUGAGGUCACUGUCUACUGAGUAGUGUUGACUGGUCAACAUUACUGGGCGUCAGUAUUGGAAGAAGACUGUAAACCUUUGAAAUACCUGGAACUGAAUGUUUUGUAAAGUUUACUGUAGAUCGCAUAUUGUGAAAUGCUGAUUAUUUUGAUUCAGACGACACGCUAAGACCUCGCAAGUGUUUCCAACUGUGCUCCCUCCAUUUUUCCGUCAACGUAAUUUGCAUUAGGGAACCAGUUCUCACAGGUCACAGGUUGCAAAUCCCUGCCGCUGGCAUUGAAAUUCCUGUAGUCCUGUAGGCCGCUGUGGGUGGAGAUCAUCCUUAGACCAUGGGAGGCCUGUAAUUAGCGCCGUAGAUACUGCCCAGUAUGGAGUGGCCAGGAGCAGCCGCUCGCUUAUCGAGAAUCGGUGGAAGACAUGAGAAUUGGUGGAAGACAUGAGAAUUGGUGGAAGACAUGCUCCCGUCAUUCACAUUUACCUCUUCAUUGAGCGGGGGCAGCAGGUCCUCGGAUGCUGCCCUCUGUCAUGUUUCAGCUUUCAGACGUGUUAAAAAAGCUUUACCGGCUCUUGUUUAAUUGAAACGUUUCACAUUGCUGGUUUCUGUGCAUUUCCUUGUAACACAAAGACUGCACCCUUUGCACACAGACACAUUUUCUCAUGCAGAAACUGCGACUUUGUACCUGUGUCUGCUUUAGCACCACUGCAGUCUGUUGAAGUCCUGGCUGUGUUUUGCUAUGUGGGCCAGCCCCCGACAUGCAAGGGGACGCCCACUUUUUCGCCGCCAAACUCACGCUCAAACUACCGGGGAGGUGCCCUUUGAGCAUUGGUGGUGACAUUUACGCCAAGUGUUAGUUCAACUCAGAUGGGAUUUUAGUGUCAAGCAUCUCAAACUCAGGGCUGCGUGAUUUCCAGGCUGUGAGAAACCAAACCAGCUCAGAGAGGGAUGCUCUUGUGCUCUGAUAAAGACUAACUCUUUGCUAUUGUGACUGUGCUGUUUCAACAGAGGACGUGGAAGCCAUGUUUUGUGUGAAUACACUGAGUAGGACAUACUGUCUGUUCCAAAACACUUUACUUGGCAGCUGCCUGUGGUUGAAUGGAUUAAUGCUGCUGUGUUUUGCCAAUACGUGUCGUGAGGUAUUCCUGUGACGUUAUCUUUGCUUAGCCUGGAGAUAUCCCAGUGAUAACACUGAGUAUUCAUUUGCAAAAGGUACUGUAUGAAAAAGCCACUGGAAUCAGCACAGACAUCAGCCAUAAGGUUAGAGAACUUCUCUUAGUGCAAGGCAAAAGCGUGAUGAAUAUUUAUUGAGUCCCAAACCAUGUUCUUUUCUUGAGGGAGAUCCUAAUAAAAUGUAUUGCAAUGCUGCAGAUGACAGCAGGAUUUUUUAAAAUAUAUAAAUCCUAUAUUUAACAUUAAUACUUGAAAUGGAGUAUUAUUGAAAAACUGUGAAAAUGCACAAUAUUCAAAUAAAAAUGUUUUAUAAAAACUAAA